AUGAAGUGGUCAGUCAGAUCACUUGUUUCCGCCUGCCUUCUCGCCUCCACCUUGGUGGCCGCUGCUCCCCAGGACAGAACAACCGAGCAGGGCGAGGCACAAAUCACUGACCCCAACGAGGAAUGCACCCCCUACUCCUAUGCCCCCGUCAGCAACGCCAAGUCCAGCUUCCCCGCCGUCUGGCCCCCGCUCAACGAGUCCGCGACGAUCGUGCCCAACGACAACGAGGCCAUGUCCAUGUUCCAGGCGCUGAACUCCUCCAUCCCCAACAUCGCGCCGCACGGCACGCAGCCCGGCUCGAUCGAGGGCAACUUCACGGGGAACAACUACACGGCCGCGGACCCCGACUGCUGGUGGACGUGGGCCCACUGCGACACGCCCAAGUACCCCGGGCUCGAGCCCGAUCUGACGCGCGUGCCCGAGCCGGACACGUUUGGGUAUGGGUUCGACGAUGGCCCGAAUUGCAGUCAUAAUGCGUUUUAUGACUUUUUGGCGGAGAACAACCAGAAAGCGACGAUGUUCUUCAUUGGUAGCAACGUCAUGGACUGGCCGUUGGAGGCGCAGAGGGCUAUUGCGGAUGGGCAUCAGGUCUGCGUUCACACAUGGUCACAUCGUUACAUGACUUCCCUUACCAACGAACAAGCCUUCGCCGAGUUCUACUACACUAUCAAAGCCCUCAAGCUCGUCCUCGGCGUAACCCCGACCUGCUGGCGCCCGCCCUACGGCGACGUCGACGACCGCAUCCGGUACAUCGCCAAAUCAUUUAACCUAAGCACAAUCGUCUGGGAAUACGACUCGAACGACUGGCGCGCGGGCACGGGCAACAUCACGGACGCGGACGUGGACGCGAACUACGAGGACCUGAUCACGGCCGCGCAGAACGGGACGUUUUCGACCGAGGGCACGAUCAUGCUCACGCACGAGCUGAACAACUUCACGAUGAGCGAGGCGGUCAAGUUUUAUGAUCAGCUCAAGGGCGCGUUUAAGCAUCUGGUGCCGAUUGCGGUGGCGCUGAAUGAUACGAAUCCGUAUGCGGAGUCGAAUUAUACGAUGCCGACGUUUGAGCAGUAUACGAGCGGAACAACUACCACAGGCUCGAGCGGCUCAUCGAGCGGCAGCAGCGGUGGCUCUGGCUCGAGCGGCGGCGCAGCGCACAGCUCGUGGAGCACGCUCGCUGCUGCGCUUGCUGGCGCUGCUGCGGUCCUUUCCGCACUCGUAUGA